AUGCAGUUGACCAACCCAUCCCAGGUCCCUGUCUAUACGAUCUCAGGCUCCAAUAGUGCCCGACCACUUCCUGAAUGGCUUGCACGCCGCCGCAAGCGCAGCUUGAAGAAUGAUCCAGAGUACGCUAAUCGCGUUGAACUGCUGCAAGACUUUGAGUUCGAGGAAGCAAGUCACUGUAUUCGUGUCAGUGAGGAUGGCGAGUGGGUUAUGAGCACAGGAACAUACAAGCCUCAGAUUCAUACCCACUACCUUCCACAGUUGUCGCUUUCAUGGGCACGUCACACUAGCUCUCUUAACAACACGUUCAUUUUGCUCUCUUCCGACUACACAAAAUCCCUCCACCUACAAUCCGACCGAUCACUAGAAUUCCACACCCCAGGAGGAUGUCACUAUACCACCAGACUUCCCCGUUAUGGACGUGAUAUCGUUUACGACCGUCAGUCAACUGAGGCGCUUGUUCCCGCCGUGGGUGUCAACCAGGAUGGUAUGGGAGAGGUCUAUCGACUUAACCUGGAAUCGGGCCGAUACAUGCGGAGCUUCGAAGUGGAUGUUGGCGGCGAUGACUUCACUUCUGCUGGCGCUGGAACUCUGCAGGGUGGAAUCAACACAGGCUCUGUCAACACCGCUGCGAUCGCAGAGGAGAGUCACAAUCUAUUGGCAUUCGGCACAUCACUAGGAACCGUGGAGCUUUGGGACCCCAGGGCAAAGGGGCGUGCGGGUGUGAUCCUGCCACCAGCGCAGCCGGCCCAUGUCGGAUUUGAUGAUGCGCGAUACGAGAUUACAGCAUUGGACUUCAACCGCUCCGGUAUGAGUCUCGGAACUGGUUCAUCCAAUGGUCUCAUUCACCUCUACGAUCUUCGUUCGCCCGUUCCUUACCAAGUGAAGGACCAAGGAUACGGAUUCGCUGUUCACACUUUGCAGUUCCUCGAACAAUCAACCGCAACCCGGGCUGCCACCAUGGAGCCCAAGCUCCUGUCGGCCGAUAAGCGAAUCAUCAAGCUCUGGGACAUUGAGGACAAUAUGCCCUGGACAUCAGUUGAGCCGGCCGUGGACAUUAAAUCAGUUGCCUGGUGCAAGGGCAGCGGAAUGCUUCUUACAGCCAACGAAGGCCGACAGCAACACUCCUUCUUUGUGCCGCAACUCGGCCCUGCGCCAAAGUGGUGCUCAUUCUUGGAUAACCUGGUUGAGGAGAUGGCCGAGGACCCCAACGAUCCCAACGCAUUCAAGGCUACUCAGUCUGCUGCCUACCCCGGCUACACUAUGGUCAACAAGGACACCAUUGAGGGCUGGAAGACGAAGAUGAUUGAUAGUCACAUUCCACCAAUCGAUGUGGACUCAUACAUGAAGGAUGGAAAGAUGAUUCUGGAGAACGAAGGAUCCUGGCAGAUGAAGACCUACCUGUACGAGUACCACCAGAGCCAGUUCGGCCAAGGCGAAAGCUCGAGACAGAACAAGGUCGAACAAGCAAUAGAAAAGCAGCGCGAGAGUCGCAUCCGUGGCAAGAAGAAGGUGGAUGUCAAGGUGAACAGGAGAUUGGCCGAAAGGAUGAAGCUCGCGGAAGAAAAGAGGGAGCGCAAGCACGCCAAGCGUCUGGUGGAGGGCGGAGGCGACUCAGAAAUGGUCGACGCGCCUGCAGCCACGUCGGAAGGCAAGGAAAAGGGUGCCGUGGGAGACAGCCGUUUUGCUCAGCUGUUCGAGGACGAGGACUUUGCCGUCGACGAGACUUCACGCGAAUUCCAGUUGCUCAAUCCCAGUACAGAUCCCGAAGUUGCAUCUGCGCCUGUCAGAAAGGAGCGUGGUCUUACCGCAGCCGAACAAGAGGCUAUCGACGAUGUUCCUGGUUCCAGUUCCGACGAUUCCGAUUCCGACAGCGAGCAAGAGAAGGCCCGCAAGCCAGCAGCUUCCAAGAAGAUUUCUUCAGCAGACUACAAGCGGACGAAACGCCCUCCGCCUCGCAUGCAAGUUUCAUCCUCGAGCCAGGCCAACUCUACCCGAGACCGCUCAUUCGGUUCUCGGGCUCAAAAUAUGAAGUCGAGACAAAAGCCCGCAAGACGGCUUGGUGCCGUUGGCGAGAAGGAAAUCAGCUUCAACCCGGCCGGAAAGCCCAAGCGUACCGCGCCAGAGGUCAAAUACGACAAGCCAGAUACUUCGUUCAAGUCAAAGGAACGCCGCAGUGCUUCUGGCAACGCUUUCCGGAAGAUGUAA